GGUUUUAUGUGAGGAGGAGUCCUCUCCGAAGCUCUCGCCUUCGCCCUCCACGGGGAGGACUUAUAAAAGAGGCGGACCGAGCGCCCUUUGAACACCGACCGAUAAGACCGGUUUGAAGACGCUGAGCACUUCGAGAGACCCACGCGGAACGUUUCGCGGCGCGGUCUUCCUUCCGUUGGAUCAACUCGAAGCGCGUGUGUCUUUCUGUUGCUGGCUGUGUGGUGGUUGCCGAAGUUUUCGCGUCAUCCUCGAGAUAACAAAAACUAUGGCAUUCGGCGCCUCGAUCGGCCGCUGCUCGGCGAUGUUGUGUUGCGUGGUGUUGGUGGUCACGAUUUUGCCCUGCCUCGGACUACAAAACAGCGUCACCCGCUAUCGGCACUUCGAUGACUACCUGCGCAAUAUGGACUCUGAGGAGCGGGCCAUAAUCACCGACGAAACGAGUCCAGAGGGCGCUGAAGGCGGCAGCGAUGCGGAGCGCAGCAUCACGACGACACCGGCUACAACCACGAGUUGGGAGAACCAGCGUGACAUCACGUGCUGCAUGCUGGGACAGAUCGCGGGCGACAAGGGAUACCACUGCUUCGCCAAGUUCUACGCUGCGCGCCUGCGGAUGCGGAACCGGAACCGGGCCCACAACCGGAAGAUGGGCUUCUACGGCCGGAACCGGAUUCCGGACUACGGGCAUCGGCUGAUGCGCACAUUCGAGCAGUGCGUGGUGGGCGACCACGGCACCAUCUUCCACAAGUGCUGCCACAUGGUGGCGCUCGAACGCCGAGACCGCGUCCGCUACGACACUUCCGCUUUAGCCGCGUCGUCUGCUGCUGCUGCCGAGCCCGAUUUGUCGUCUGCUAGCCAGCAGCAGCAAGGAGAGUCUUCUGCUACGGGGCAUGGACGGGAGAAUAACCGCUAUCACCACGCUCAUCACCGCCAGCACAGGACGCAGGAAGAAGAGACGGGCGGCGAAUCUGUGGAAAUCACCACGACGUCGACGGAAAGGCCUCACCACUCGAGGGUCCACCGCCAUCGCAGCAGCGAUGUCGACGCCAGCACAGACUCCGAGAGUAGUAGACGGUAGAACAAACAAGAAGCAGCGUAGUUCAGACGAGUUAUCUGUUUGACACGCUGGGCCAGAGUUGUCAGGAGUUUCCGAGAGUAUAGUUGCUAUGUCGAAUUCCGCCAUGUUGUCAAAUUCGCCAUCUUCGAAACUCUGAUUGGCCCAUGGGGGCUACUACGUACGACCUCUCUGAUUGGUUUAAAAAUGCCGCCAUUACAAAAUCUAACAAUAUGGUGGUAUUUGUAAGCGUCCGGGAGUGCUAUUCUGGACAUUGUCAAAUUCCGCCAUUGGUCAGCUCUGAUUGGCCUGGAGGGCUGCUACGGCCUCUCUGAAUGGCUUAAGAUGCUGCCAUUACGAAAUUUGACAGUAUGACGGAAUUUGACAUCGUCCAGAACGGCACCCCAGAACAGUGUCCCGAUCCCGAGGUGGUGCCUGAAGUUCGGCGGACAGGAUAGGACGUGUUCUCGGCUCCCGCAAUCGGCCUCUUUCACGAUGCCACGGCGCAUGCGUCCAUCCCCUAGCGACAAAGUCGCAAAGCGCCUCCUGAUCUUGGAGGCUUUCGUUCUGGCAAUACCGAUUGACCCGGCCCUUACCAAGAGCUUACCAAAGCGAGAAAGGGCAGCACAGGAAAAUGAAACAGGCUGAUUCAAUCCGGCGCCUAUACAGUACACGUAAGAAUAGCCUUUAAGAUCGGUGGCUGUUACUCGGAGGAGACGCCGUCGUUGGGACGUCACUUAGGACACCACCUGUUGUCGAAUUCGAGCCGUUACUUUACCGGGGAAAAAUUUUCUCUGUCUGUCUAAGUAGAGUUGUUCAGAGACACCUGUGCAUCCAAGUCAAACCAAGAUACUUAAACGAAAGAUGGUAACGUAGACGAUCCAAGUGCUCGUGGUGUAGGUUUCGUGCGCAGCAUAUGUUUAGGUGUAACGAAAACGGUCGGGGCGUUACGCAGAGAGAGAGAUAUGACUUGGACGCAAAGUGGCAUAAAAAGAGGGUAUAGAUGUGGCCAUGACGCUUAUGCACAGUAUUCCAGACCUUACAAGUGGUACAAAGCUUUAUCGCUCUAUGCACUGUAAAGAAUAUUUUCACGUCACUGAUUGGCCCAAUUUAGCACCAAUUGUGUUAGUGACAUUGUUCGCUAUAGUGGUUGUCUCUCUCUCUCUUAUUUUUGUUACCUGCCUCAGGUUUGCUGUAUAGGUCACUGAGAGCAGCGAUGACUUGCGGUGCCGCAAGCGCUCGUGUAGUUUCGUUUCUUAAAAAAAAAGUAGUACUUUUAAGGUUUAUCAUCUUUCAGUCUUUUUUAUUCACAUCCGUUGAGAGAGAGAAAAAGGGCAACAUACAUUUCCUUUCUUCUUUUAUUUGUUCACAUAUUUGUUUUUUUUUUUUUUUUAUUUUCUAUAUUAUCGAAUAUGGCGUUGACUUAAAGGUUUCACAAGCGUUCACUUCAUAAUAUGUCUGACGUCAUGCAAACGUGCCUCAUUUCAAACUUACACGACAUUCGUACUUUCUUUUGUGUUUUAUUCGUCCGGAUAAGUGUCACUUUAGCCUUUUGGAUCGCUCGCUUUGGAGCGCGUAUAUAUGUUACAAAUAGAGCGCAUAUUAUUUAAGCGUGUCUGUGUCUACGAGCUUUGUUAUGCUGCUUAGAGAAGUACAGCACGGUACAGUGUCAAAGGGAACAACCAGUUAACAUUUGGAAAAAACGUAUCUUUAGCUUAUUAUAUAUAUCAUUUCUGAAAAAGAACUGACGUGUCGUGUUAGGAAAAUCUGUAAUCGUAUAGUGUUACUGUCUCUAUACAUUUUUGUAGGAACGUGGUAUACUUAGUCCAUGAAUACUAUUUCGCUGUUCCCUUUAAUAGUUACCAACGCGGUACACUCUUUCUUUUUUUUUCCUUUUGUUGUUCCGCUCUUGAUGACGUAUGAUGCAGACACUUUUGUAGCAUGGAUUCUUUGUAACAUUCAAAUACUCUUACGGAAACGCAUAGUAUCGAAUGCAAAGAAAGAAAAACAAUACUUUUCAAUUUGUGAGCAUGAGCUAGCUCACCGUUCUGCGUCCGUAUUUCUACCGCCUCCAUGAUCGCACAAUGUAAUAGGUGGAUGAGUAAGCUAUUGUAAAGAACAGGCUAGCUGGCCACUGGUCGCCACUCCUUCUAAUCGGGGGUGCUUUCAUCCUCAUCAUAAUCAUAAUCAUCGCGUCAUAUAUCGCACUACUGCGCAACUUUGCCCAUCUUCUACGGCGUGGCACGGGCCAUUAGGAAAAGCCGCAUUCCGGGGAAUGCGCUUGUCAUGCCGAUGAAAUAGCAUUAGGAAAUGCGAGAGAGUCGACCAUCCCCCCACGUCGCGUUAAUAAAAUUUGUUCCGUUUUCAUAGAUUCAAUCAAUUUUUUUU